AGUUAACACUUUUGUGCUCCAGGAAAAGCCCAGCGUCACGAGGUCCAAAAGGCUCUCUUGUGCCAAGCGUCGCCCCAUCUCCUCCAUCGACGGUGCCCGCGAUGGCUUCCUCGGCCGCCGGCGCCGCCCGUCGCCUCUUCCUCCUCCACCAACGCCGCGGCCACCUGCUAACCAAACGUGAUCUCUCUUCCUCGCCUGCAGCCGUCGGCCUCGACGACGGCGGCCGCGCCAAGAUCUUCGACCGCGACCUGAAGCGCCGGCACCGGGACCGAGCGGCGUGGGCGGCGGGGGAGACCGACGCCCUCACGGACGCCGUCGCCGAGAACCUCCUCGACCGCCUCGAGGACUGCAGGAAGGCGUUCCCCUCCGCGCUGUGCCUCGGGGGCUCCGCCGGCGCCGUCCGCCGCUUGCUUCGCGGCCGCGGUGGGAUCGAGAAGCUCAUCAUGAUGGACAUGUCGACCGACAUGGUGAGGAAGUGGCAAGAAUUGGAGAAUGCUACCAGUGACGGGCUUGAGACGCACUUUGUCGUUGGAGACGAAGAGCUCCUUCCAAUCAAAGAGAGCUCACAGGAUUUGAUAAUAAGCUGUCUUGGGCUUCAUUGGACAAAUGAUCUACCUGGAGCAAUGAUACAGUGUAGGCUGGCAUUGAAACCUGAUGGCCUUUUUCUGGCAGCAAUUCUCGGUGGAGAAACACUGAAGGAGCUUAGAAUCGCAUGCACCAUUGCUCAAAUGGAACGUGAAGGGGGCAUCAGUCCUCGAAUGUCUCCUUUAGCACAAGUCCGUGAUGCAGGAAACCUUUUGACAAGGGCAGGCUUCACCAUUCCAGGAGUUGAUGUUGAUCAGUAUACCGUCAAGUACAACAGUGCUUUGGAACUUGUUGAACAUCUUAGAGCAUUGGGGGAAACAAAUGCUCUCUUUCAAAGAAAUCCUGUGUUAAAAAGAGACACAGCCUUGGCGACUGCAGCCAUUUACCAGUCAAUGUUUGGGUUAGAAGAUGGAUCUAUUCCAGCAACCUUUCAAGUAAUUUACAUGACUGGAUGGAGGGAGCAUCCAUCACAGCAGAAGGCUAAGAGAAGGGGUUCUGCGACCAUAUCAUUCAGUGACAUACAGAAACAAUUUGUUUCCAAUGAGAAUUGAGCUUCACUGCUUCUCAAAUGUUUACUGAUCCUUGAUCUAAAAAAAUUACACAUGAGGAAGGAAAAGAAAUCCUCCAGCGGCUCCACGCCACAACUUAGGAUUUCUGAGGGUUCACAUUUAAUAAAAGCAAGUGUGCGCUUCUGUUGGUUGUGGCAAUUUGCUGAGGGGAACCACUUAUUGUACCAGCCAUGAUUCUGCUGCAAACAGUCAGUGUAUGGAGAACUGUUGUCGCCUGUUUUAUGAAGGUUGAUACUGAGUUUGAGGGAAUCUAGUACUUGUGAACGUCAUCUGUAGUGUUAUUCUAUCCACCAUGUCCAUGGGUCUUAAA